AUGCCGGAGGCAUCGCAGAUAUCCCACAAAUACUUUCUAGGGGAGCGUUCGGGGCAGGACCGGGUGCCCCCCGGACUGCACUCACGCCCCGCCCACCAGCAGCUCCCCGGGGCGGGCGGGGCGCAGGGGCGCCCUCCGGGACCGUCCUCCGGCGGCGCGGGCGCGGGCGCGGGCGCGGGCCGGACGCGGGGCCAAUGGUCGCUGCCGGGCGGGGCCGGGCCGGCGGGCGCGCGGGGCUGGGCGUGCCCACGGGUGACGCGGCGGCGCAGGCCAAUGGGCGCGGGGUGGCGGGCGGGCCUCGGGGCCGGGCUUCAGGGCACGGGCCGGGCCUGCGGGACAGACGGACGCGGGCUCGCAGCGGGAAGGCACACCGCGGGCAUGGCGCUGGCGCGGGCCUGGAAGCAGAUGUCCUGGUUCUACUACCAGUACCUGCUGGUGACGGCGCUCUACAUGCUGGAGCCCUGGGAGCGGACGGUGUUCAAUUCCAUGCUGGUCUCCGUCGUGGGGAUGGCGCUGUACACAGGAUACGUCUUCAUGCCCCAGCACAUCAUGGCCAUAUUGCACUACUUUGAAAUUGUACAGUGA